AUGUUCAGCUGGCUGAAGCGGGGCGGCGGCCGGGGCCAGCAGCCCGAGGCCAUCCGCACGGUGACCUCGGCCCUGAAGGAGCUGUACCGCACCAAGCUGCUGCCCCUGGAGGAACAUUACCGCUUCGGCGCCUUCCACUCCCCUGCGCUCGAGGACGCCGACUUCGACGGCAAGCCCAUGGUGCUGGUGGCCGGCCAGUACAGCACAGGCAAGACCAGCUUCAUUCAGUACUUGCUGGAGCAGGAGGUGCCUGGCUCCCGUGUGGGCCCGGAGCCCACCACCGACUGCUUUGUGGCCGUCAUGCAUGGCGAGACGGAGGGCACGGUGCCUGGGAACGCCCUCGUCGUAGACCCUGAGAAGCCCUUCCGCAAACUCAACCCCUUCGGGAACACCUUUCUCAACAGGUUCAUGUGCGCCCAGCUCCCCAACCAGGUCCUGGAAAGUAUUAGUAUCAUUGACACCCCGGGCAUCCUGUCGGGCGCCAAACAGAGAGUGAGCCGCGGGACAGGCCUGGGCUGGUAUGUGGUCCACACGUACAUCAUCAGCUACCUGAAGAAGGAGAUGCCCUCCGUGUUUGGGAAGGAGAACAAGAAGAAGCAGCUCAUCCUUAAGCUGCCGGUCAUCUUUGCUAAGAUCCAGCUGGAACAUCACAUAUCGCCCGGGGACUUCCCCGACUGCCAGAAGAUGCAGGAGCUGCUCAUGGUGCACGAUUUCACCAAGUUCCACUCGCUGAAGCCGAAGCUGCUGGAGGCGCUGGACGAGAUGCUGACGCACGACAUCGCCAAGCUCAUGCCCCUGCUGAGGCAGGAGGAGCUGGAGAGCACCGAGGUGGGCGUGCAGGGCGGCGCCUUCGAGGGCACCCACAUGGGCCCCUUCGUGGAGCGGGGGCCCGACGAGGCCCUGGAAGACGGCGAGGAGGGCUCGGAUGAUGAGGCCGAGUGGGUGGUGACCAAGGACAAGUCCAAGUACGACGAGAUCUUCUACAACCUGGCACCCGCCGACGGCAAGCUCAGCGGCUCCAAGGCCAAGACCUGGAUGGUGGGCACCAAGCUGCCCAACUCGGUGCUGGGCCGCAUCUGGAAGCUGAGCGACGUUGACCGUGACGGGAUGCUGGAUGACGAGGAGUUUGCCCUGGCCAGCCACCUCAUCGAAGCCAAGCUUGAAGGCCACGGGCUGCCCGCCAACCUGCCCCGCCGCCUCGUGCCGCCCUCCAAACGGCGCCAGAAGGGCUCUGCCGAGUGA